UGGCGCUCACCGACUGACGGCGCUCGGCAGCGUCAAACCAUGUCGGCAGGCGGCCCGAUCGCUUCCACAUCCUCUUCACAAGCAAGACCAUCCAAAGCGGUCACUGUCUCGCGUGAUGCGUCCGACGACAGGCAGAACAGCGGCAGCAGCAACAACAAUAAUGCGAGCAACCGACGUUAUGCGCCUUACAUCACUGGCCCGCCGCAGGCAUCUCAAGCUGCACUGCGUCAAACGCUCGAAUUCAACGAAACCACGGCACGACAGAUUGAGCAGAUCAGACGAAGUGGGGAGGAAGCCAAGAGGAAAGAGGAAGCCCAUCACGGUCGACCGAGAGAUGAUGCUAUUGUGAGCACGAGAACGUUCAGCAUAUCCUGGCUCGUCGAUCCGGCUGCUCUUCGCCGUACGCCGAGCAUGACGCGACAUGGAAUACCUUGGGAGCAAGAGCUGCUGAGACGACAAGAACUCAUACGGGACAUGUCAGAGAUACUCUGUCUCUGGUAUCGAAAGAUUCAAAUGGCGCCUCUGUGCUACGCGGCGACGUAUCUGCAUCGAUACUUCAUGCUCCGCAGCGUACACACUUCACAAUCACUCGCUUUGAUGGGUGCAUUGAUGUCGCUGGCCAUCAAGAAUUCGGAUACAGAUGAACGGGAGCCUGCAGGUACGAUCAAGCAAGAGCACCAGAGACUGCCAGACACGAUCACCGAGCGGCUCACGGUGACACUCCACCAUUGGGAGCUCAGACAAAAGGGCACGUUCAGGCCCGAGAAAGUGCAGAGAGAUCCAGUGACCAACAGAGAGCUACCUCUGCUACCCAUCGAGUAUGAGAAACUACUGACAAUAGUGAAAGCGAUGGAGCAAGAGCUCAUGACGACCUUUGCAUAUGAUUUCGACGUCCAUCCGCCUAACGAUCUCGUUGCUGCCGGUCUCUCUUUGCUCGGCAACCUCGUCGUACCCUAUGAAAAUCAAGAGCUCGAUCUGCGGGCCAGGGUCACAAUGCUAGAGCUCGCUCAACGCUGCAAGACCAUCUGUCUCGACUUUCUGUACACGGCUGCGUGCGUCCUGCACGAUCCAGAUACGAUCGCCUGCGCUGUGAUCGUCGCUGCACUGGCAACGACGAGGAUACAGCUACCGCAGCUAUUGGACAAGCUCACUGCCGAUUGGAUUGAUUCGCGCGGUGAGCACAAGACUUGGUGGAGGAUAUUCCCGACUGUGAACCGUACGACUGUCAUAGAUGCGGUCAGUCUGCUGUAUAAGAACUACUGCUCCUCGACGCUACCGAUGCAGAAGAAGAUAGCUCUUGCGCUUCGAAAAGUCGAUAGUCUGAUGCCGAAGACAAUAGGCAUCAGGCCAUUAGGUACACAGCUCUGUGCCGUUUCCGAGGCGAGCACGCCGGCUGCUGCAACCGAUACACCGUAUGGCCAUGCUCGAACGCCGGCAUCGACUGCAUUCACGCCUUACAAUCCUGCUUCUUCCUCACGCACACCGCACUCGGCCGGUACUCCCGGAGCGUCGAACCAGGAAAUGUCAACACGGGCCGGCGAGGGACCGAAGAAUGCCUCUUCUACGCCUGUCCCACCACCACUGGUCUCGCCGCCGAGAAGCCCUCACCCUCUAUCACAGGAACAUCGUCCUGCCAAACGCGAGCGAGAGGAUGAUCAUUCGUCUGGCGGCAGGCCUCCGCAGGCACCUCGACUCUCUGCACAGCGGACUGCACUGGGCGACGAGGGAAGAUCGUCAUUGCAGCAGAGCGCAGGUGGGGAAGAACUCACCCGACCGGGCGAAGAGAGAGCAGCCGCUUUGCUCUCGCAAAAGCGACAAUUGGACAGCACGCAAGACGGAUCGAGUCUGCGUGUUGUCAGUAGCAGCACCGGACGAUGACGUGCCCGCGCAGUCAUGUUGUUGUUUCAAUCGAGACCCAAUCGACGAGUCUGUGCAUCGAUGCCAGGCUGACGUUUGAUGGACUCUGCCCGAGCGUUUUGUCGUGCGCUAGUGAUGCUCGUGCGCACGAAUGCCAGGAGGACAAACACCAUCGUGAAGGCAGCAACGGGUGCCUGCAGCUUUCUUGCGGUGAAGAAGUUGCUCAUCC